AUGAAAAAGGAGCGCUUCACCUCGGGAUCAUGUUCUGCGUUUGAACAACAUUCGAUGGCAGAAGCACUCUCUGAUGAGCAACACUUAUCACUUCCACCAACAACAUCAUCCCGUCGACGGCGUUUCUUCGAUCUUGUUUACGAAACUGGUGAUAAGUUGUGGCCAAUUACCGAACAUCAACACGUACCACUGCGUUCUCUUGAAGAAGCGAUAGACUGCGUACAACGUCAUAAGCAGUAUAAUAUUGAUCCUCGUAUUCAAGAUAAAGUUUCUAUUGCUAAAAGACGUUGUUCUUCCAACCCGAAAGAUGAUAAUCUUACCAUAGAUGAAAGUGCAUCUAUUCAGCUGUAUACCACGGAAUCAACGGAACAAGAAAAAAGUUUUUACUAUAUAUUAAAUUCUACACUUCGUCUGGCCGAUCGUAGUAAAUUAAAACCAUUUUUCUUCUAUCUAAAACUAAUACUUACCGGUUUAGAAAAAUUACCAUCUUUUAAAGGCGUCGUCUAUCGUGGUGUUAAUGGUAAUAUUUCUAGUAACUUUGUUAAAGAUAAAAAAUUCAUUUGGUGGGGUUUUAGUUCUUGUACACGAUCAUUAGACGUCUUGGAUUCAGCAGACUUUCUUGGUAAAAGUGGUCAACGGACACUUUUUUAUAUUGAAUGUGUAAGCGGGAAACUAAUUCAAAAUUAUUCAUAUUUUUCACCGGAAGAUAAUGAAGUUUUACUAAUGCCAGGUAUUGAAUUUCUCAUUACACAUAAAGUACGACCAGUUCGUGGGCUGAAUAUUAUUCAUCUUAAAGAAAUUACAGACACUCCAAAACCACCGUCUAUAGUAGCAGCUGCAACAGACACCGCUGAUGACAGCACAACAAACAAAAUAACAGAAGAUUUUGAUCUUAGAACGGAAAAAAAACAAAAAAUAUGUGGACAUGACUGUAAUUUGUGGUCAACAAAAAAAUGUUGCAAUUGUUCAGAUCAGAGACUACAUCGAUUGGGUUAUGAGAAAUAUUUUGAUGGAAUAGUCUAUACUUAUUCUUCUUUAUCUUUUGCAAGAGCUGUUGCUAAAUAUCAUCGUGAAAACUCUGCUGGAUGUAAACAAGAAAAACCAAAACAAGAUACUUUGAAAUAUCAUUGUUCGGGCUCAUCUACUUCAAUUAGUAUGACUCAAGCUUUAGAAAAUCAACGAUAUAUUCAAAUACUUAUCAUCGAGAAUACUAGUGAUGAUCAGACUACGGUGUAUCUCGACAGUUUUAUAGAGCAAAUGCCAUCAUUCACAACAUUUGCAUGCGUGAGCUGUCACAUAGAUGUUGCUGCUUCAUAUGGUGAUGUGAGCAAUAGACAUGCUUAUCAAUGGGUGAUAAUUCAUUUUAGAAAAACAACAGUUACACCAGAAGCACUUAAAAAAUUUUAUCAAUACAUAAGGGUAAUAGAUAAUGGGGGAUAUGAAGAAAAUUUGUUGAAUGAAUUAGUAAUUAUUGAUUCAGACGUAUUUCGUGAUGCACGAUUUUUGUUGAGAUAUACACAAAAAAAUACAUUUGAUACAUAUGGUCAAGAAGCUACGAGACUUCAUUUAGAUUUUGAUUAUGAGAGUCAGCAAUUUCACAUCGAUUCAUGUUUAUUUCAUUAUAUCUAUAAUAUGUUAGAUAAUCCAACAUUAACUAACGCUAAUAUCACUUCAGAAGUACAAUUACCAUGUAAUUAUUGUGAAUUAAAACAAAUAGCAAAACAAUGCUAUCAUUCAACUACACAAACUUGUUCUGUUAUGUGUUAUGAUUCAAUAACAAAUACUCAUAAAAAAAUUAAUCAGAACAUUAUCGAUUCUCUAUCACUCCAUACCUGUAUUAAACGGAAUGCUAAAUGUUUUGAACAAAACGGUUUACCAUUAAUCUCGACUUCACCAGUUCCAAUACGUAAGAUGUCCGAUAUUGAUAAAAGAAAUUUAUUACAUAUAAAUGCUCGAUCGGUCUAUUUAGAUCAACAUCCCUGUUCUCCCGCAACACUGCCACCGAUUUGUCGAAAUGGUGGUGUAUGUUAUCCACAAGAGAAUCUAUUGUAUAGGUGUGAUUAUGACGGAUGCGGAGGUACAAAUCAGUCCUGUCAGAAUGAUGCUAAAUGUAUUGAUGGCAAAUGUCAGUGUUUCCCAUCCUACACAGGGUACCAUUCCACAGACUUCAAUUUAACCAUAAUAACUGGAGCAAAAACGGAAAAAGAUAAAACACAACUUUUACUUCUAAUAAUUGUCGGAGUGUCAACUUCAUUAUUUGGAUUAUUAGGUAGUAUUUUUUAUUAUCUAUGGAAAGCGGGAAAAUUUACUAAGAGUGAACCCAAACAAUUAGAUAUUCGUAUCUCAGAUACAACGUGGUCAAGUUCAAAAGAUCAUAGUACAGAGGAUAAUGAUAAACGUUCACCAGAUAUUCCAGAAUCACCCGAAAUAUCGAACAUGCCUAAAAAGUUACCUAGAGAACUAUCAUCUUCAAGAAUUGUAAGAACAGCGCAACAUUUUGAUGAAUUUGAUUGA